UUUAUUAUUCCCUACUAUUCACGCCCUAUUCCCUAUUUAUUACAUAGUUUCAACAUUUCUGUUGGCAACACUGCUUGUAACCAAAAUACACUAAUGGUAUUGGAUCACAAACCUAUCACUUGUAUAUUUUUUCGUUAAUUCUAAGUUAAAUGUAAAUAUAUACAAUGGCUGGUAUAGAAAUAUUUAAUAGCAUUUUAAGUAUUGUUGAUAAUAAUACUAAAAAACCUGAACAAUUUUUAACCGUGCAAAACGGUGUUGCUCUGGAUUUUAAAAAUUCCUUAAAGCAUUUAUAUGACUUCACGAAACGUGAAUCACAAAGAAACACGAAUGCUUUGCCGGAGCUUGUUACAGAAGGUUUUGACGAAGAGCAGAUUUGGCAGCAAAUUGAAUUACAAAAUGAGGGUGAACUUGACCACUUAAUUAGUGGUGUUUCUAAACUACUAGCCAAAACCAAAGCAUUCAAGCUACCAGUCAGUACAACUAAAUUGAAAUCUGUACCUGAACAAAAUGAAGAUCUACCAGAGGAUACAGAGAAAAUUAUUAAAGAAGAAACUGAUGACGAUGAAGAAGAACUAAAGAGUACUUCAAAACACCAGAAAAAUUUAAAGAGAAGAAGAAAGAAAUCAUCUAUAGUGGAUGAUAAAUUUUUUAAAUUAGAAGAGUUAGACGAAUACUUAACAAAAGAAGAAAGGAAAGAAAAACAGAACGAAGUAAGGAACGAAGAAGAUUCUGACAAUGAAUCCGUAGAUUUGUUCAAUGAUUUUUCUGAUGAUAAUGAUGACAAAACUGAGAAGGCAGAACUAUUGAAGUACGCAGAUUUCUUCGAUAGUCCAGAGAGUGAAGGUGAAGAAUCUAAUAAUUCCAUACAACACAAACACAACGAAAGAUCUGACGAUAAUGAAUCACUAGAUAAUGAUAGUGAUUUGGAUAAUGAAAUGGAUAUAGAUAGUGAAAUAGAAAAUCAAAAGACUUCCAAGAAAAAGGUUACGUUUAACCUUACAAAUGACUCUGAUGAGUCAGAUAGUUUAGAAAAUAAGAAUAUGAAGUUGAAAGAAGAUACAGAAGUUAAGUCUUCUUUAGAAAUGCGGCAAGAGAGAUUAAAAACAAAGAUUGAAAAGCUGGAAGAGGAAGCUAUAAGAGACAAACCUUGGCAACUGAAAGGUGAAAUCAGUGGAACAAGCAGGCCACAAAAUUCUUUGCUGGAGGAAUUUGUAGAAUUUGAUAUUACAACCAGACCUGCCCCUGUAAUUACUGAACAAACAACAUUAAAACUAGAAGAUAUAAUUAAACAAAGAAUCAAAGAUAAAGCUUGGGAUGAUGUUGAGAAGAAGUUUAAACCAGUUGAGACUCCAUUGGAAUAUAAGAAGAAAUUGAUCUUGAAUCAGGAAAAAAGUAAAGAAAGUUUAUCUCAGAUAUACGAAAAUGAGUACCUUAGACAGAAGGAAGCAUUAAAUCCAGAUAACAAUGAGAAAGAAGAGGAAGAACCAAAAUUGCAUAUGGAAAUUCGUGAAAUGAUGAACUCCUUGUUCUCUAAGUUGGAUGCUUUGUCCAAUUUCCACUUCACUCCAAGACAGGCUAAACCAGAGAUUAGAGUGGUUAAUAAUAUGCCUGCAAUCAACAUGGAAGAAGUGGCUCCAGUUGGACUGAGUGAUGCUGCUUUAUUAGCACCAGAAGAAAUUAAAGCCAAACCACGAGGUGAUGUGAUUGGUAAGACGGAAAGAACCAAAACGGAUAUGAAACGAGAACGAAGACGUAAAAAGAUGAGACAACGUUCUAGAAAAGAAGCCAUGGAGCAGAAGGAGAAAUUAAAUUCGCUCAAACCAGGCGUUGCUAAGAAAUACAAGAAAGAAAAGGCGCAAGAGUUGGCAAAGAAAUUGAGCAAAAAUCGAAAUAUCAUAAAAAUGGAUGACUCGAGUUUCAAAGCUCCAAAGUCGUCUACAGCUUUCUUUAAUCAACUACAAGAUGAAGUGAAGAGUCACAUUAAAGCAAAGAUUGCAACAGAUGACAAGAAGAAACAAAAAAAUGUUUUAUCUGCGAUAAAAUUAAAGUUAUAAUUUUUGUACAAAGUUAUUUAAAUACAAGUUAAAAAUGUUGUAUAAUUAACAUUUGAUUUCUAGCCUGCCCCUAAGAUUCAUUUUACUUUCGUUUUACUUUCACUCAAUAGAAUAAUAAGAAAGGAAUUUCAAAUAAUAGAGGAGAAAGGAUCAUAGAAUGCUUCAGAAAUAUGUUUCGAAGUUUAAUCAGUUAUUUGCGUUAUACAUAUUGAUGCCUUCGUCGACUUCAAUAUGUUAAUUAUUGUCAAUAAUCGUAGCUACUUUCGACAAAGGAUGAUUAAAAAGAAUUAUACGUGUAAUGUAAAUUUUUAUAUAUAUUAGUGACAAAUGUUCCCAAUUCAUCAUGAUAUGCUGCAACUGUUCCUUUGAUCUACUUAAUAAGAAUUUGCUAGACAUGUACAUCUACAAUGCACUAAAUCACACGUGGUUAUUUAUAAAUGCAAUUAUGUUUUCGUAUGUGUAACGUUAUCUAUAUUUUUCUUUAGAAAUAUCUAAAAAUGGUGUUUCUGCUUUUUUGUUUUGCACAGAGAAGCAAAGUGGAUUAUAUAAUUUUUUUUUUGUACAUCACUGUUGUUGAGUUCAAACAAUGCUUUCCUUUCAGCGUCGAUUUUGACGAUUGCACUAUUUAUAAUUACAAAGAUCUAAAUUAAAAUAAUUAAGCUAACCUUAGAAAUCUAACGAUAAGCUUGUAUUAAAAUUACCGUAAUUUAUGUGAAUUUGAUUGAGAAGUUUCUUUUAAAAAAUACUUUGUUUCACUUUUUCUUUUUUCACCUUAUCGUUUAAAAUGCAUCUCUUUGAACGUUCAUCGAAGUGCGCUAGUUUCUUUGAAACAAAACCGCUACUACGUAAAAAAGGAGAGAAAUCACUCCUUAUUACUUAUUAAUAAGCACAGAUGAGGCGUUAAAAUUCUAUAAAAAUGUAAAGUGAUAAUAACCGUACAAAAUACAUGCAGUUCCAUGCACAAUAAACGUGUUCGUUUGGAAUCUUAAUGAAGCGUUACUUUUCCUCGAACAAUUACAAAUCUUACACACAUUUUUGUUUCUUUUCUUUUUUAUCCAAAAUUUUAUACAUAUACUUACAUCCAUUUAACAAUAUUCUCGAUAAAGUUCUAGUUUUUCCUAUUACCAUACCGUCCUUGAAAUGUCAUGUACAAUUUAAAUAUAACUUACGCUACUAUAUUUGCGUUCUUUUUUUAAAACAGUGGAGGAGAAUUCAUUUCCUAACUUGCACUGCUUUCAUCAAAACUACUUCCUCUAAAUUCAGAUCAACAGAAGGAAAUGAUCAUCCACUAAAUACAACUUAACCUACACUUGAGUUGUAAAAAGCAAGAAAAA